CGCACUCUGUGUCGCUGUCAACUGGAUGAAAAAUGGCACACGCUCCGUCAGCUGCUCGGCGGAUAAUUGGGAAUUGGGAGAUAACCGAAGUCUUGGGGUCGGGGAGUUUCGCAAUAGUAUGGAAGGCUCGGCACACGACGACUGGAACGCUGGCGGCUGUAAAGGAGGUGCUUACUGACCGCUUGAACAAGAAGCUGCUGGAGUCUCUGGAGUCGGAGAUUGCCACCCUGCAGCGACUGAAACAUGCCAACAUUGUGGGCCUGCUGGACCUCUUUAAGGAACCAGGAAAGAUAUUCUUGGUUCUGGAGUACUGUGGAGGCGGCGACCUGGCCCAGUACCUGCGCCACCGCGGGCCGCUGAGCGAGGCGUCGUGCCGGUACCUGCUGCGCCACCUGGCCGAGGGGCUCAAGGUGCUGCGGGCACACAACAUCAUCCACCGCGACCUCAAGCCGCAGAACCUGUUGCUGUCGGACUCGGGGCCGUCGCCCACACUGAAGAUUGCGGACUUUGGGUUCGCGCGGUCGCUACAGCCCGCAGGCAUGGCCGAGACGCUGUGUGGCAGUCCGCUUUACAUGGCGCCCGAGGUGCUGCAGCUGGCCCGCUACGACGCCAAGGCCGACCUGUGGUCCGUGGGCACCAUUCUGUUCGAGCUGCUGGCGGGCCGCCCGCCCUUCCAGGGCGCCAACCACCUGCAGCUGGUCCAGAACAUUGAGCGCGGCGACGCGGUGCUGCCGGACGCAGUGGCGCGCGCCCUCACGCCCGGAUGCAGGCAGCUGCUGUACCAGCUGCUGCGGCGCAACCCCGUGGAGCGCAUCUCGCACGACGAGCUGUUCGCGCACCCCUUCCUCCAGGGCGAGGCAGCCUCGGCAGCCGUGCAGCUGCCCGCGCCGAUCGCCGCCGCCGUGGCGGCGCUGGCGGCGCAAGAGCCGCUGGUGCCGCCGGGCCCGCUGCAGCCGCCAGCUGCGCAGCACCGCCACAUGCCCGUUUCGCAGGGCGCGGUGCGGUUUAUCACGCCCGCCGGUCGUGACCGCAGCCCCGUGCACCCGCUGUUGCGGCCAACGCCGGGCACCUCCCCCAACACCUCUACGUCGCCUCCCGCGCCCGGGGCCGCAGCCAUCAACGUCAGCAAGAGCCAGGAGUCGGCCGCGCCUAUACAACACCACCACAAGCAGCAGCCGUCUCAGGCUGCGGCAGCCCCUCAAGCCGCAGGCGGGGUAGCAGCUACAGGGGUAGGGGUAGGGGUAGGAGGUGUAGGGGUAGUAGCUCCAGCCCCUAGCCGGGUAGCAGCAGCAACGGCAGCAGGGACCGCUCCGGCCAUUGCUGUGCGCGAGGUCAUCCACCGCUCCCCGUCCCCGCACGUAGCCGCGACGACGGCGGCGGUUGAGUCGGUGUUCAUGGAGGGGGCAGCGGCGGCGGCCCACGCUGCCGCAACCGCUACGCGGGCAGCAGCGGCAGGCGGUGGCGGCGGCGAUGCCCUGGCUGAGUCCUCCGACUCCGACUAUGUGGUUGUCAGCAGCCCCUCUGCCACGCCCCGUCAACAGCAGCAUCAGCAGCCGGCGCAGUUGCUGUCGCCACGCACGCAGCACCCCGCCAUCGCCAACAGCGGCGCCAACAGCCGCAGCAACAGCGGCGGCGGCGCGCCGCCGUCACCUACCACAGCACACCCCGCGGCAACAGCUGCUGCUGGUGCUGCCAAGCAGCCGACGUCACAGCAGCCAGCCGCGCCGUGGCAGCAGGCGCUGCCGCCAAUCGCCGCGGCCACGCUGCCGCAUUCUGCGCAGCCAGCCCACACGGCCCAGCCGGCCGGCACCGCAGGCACCUUCACCAUGCGCAUGCCCGGUGCGCAGCCGGCAAGUGGAUUGAACGGCGGUGGCGCGGUCGUGGGCUCGGGCGCUGGCGGCGGCGAUGGAGAUGUGGCGCUGCUGCCUCGCGUCAUCUCGCUGCUGCUCGACCACGCCAAGGCUCGCUGCACGAGCCUCCUGGACCAGGAGGCGGAGGCGCGCCAGUUCGGUGUGGGCGCCAGCGGCCUGGGCGGCUGGGAUGGGGCAGGCCUGGCCGGGACCGAAGAAGGCGCCGGCAUGGCAGAGGAAGCGGCGGAGGCAGUCGGGACACUGCUUGUGGCGGUCCGGCUGCUAGCGGCGGCGCUCAGCUCUCGCUCCGCAGCGGCGGCGCCUCCGGCAGCAGCUGGCAGCGGCGGUGGUGCGGCGGGCGAGCCAGUGGUGUCUAGUGGCGUCGCGGCGGCGCCGGAGGCUGCCGCUACCGGUGCCAAUAUGGUGUCUUCACCGCAGCCGGUCGCCGCUGCGCUGCCCGCUCAGGCGUCGUCGCCCUUCGCCACAGCCGCUACGCCGCCGGCACGCAAUACCACCGAAGAUGACGCUACCGCAGCCGCUGGCGCAGCUCCCGCUGACAGCACGUGCGGGCGGCUGGCCACCGCCACGUCGCUCCGUUCGCUGGCGGUGCAGGCGCGUGACGCCCUCGCGCUGAUGGACGAGCACAUGCACGGCACCGUGGCCCAGCUGCUCCUGGGCGGUGCAGACGUGGCGGCCGCCGCGGCUGCCACCUCAGCCUCCGCCAGCCCGGCGGCUAGGCCGCCGGCUGCAGCGGCAGCGACGGCUCCGCCGCCGUCGCAGUUGCUGGUGCCGUGUGCGUUGGAUGCGCUGAUGGCGACAGCGGUGCGGCACAGCCGGGCGGCUGCGGGUGAGGAGCUUUUGGGGCAUGCGGCGGGCGCGGCGGAGCACUACGGCGCUGCCGCUGACGUGCUGGCGUUCCUGCUGGCGGCGCCGCUGCCGCCCGGCGGCGCCGCCGCCUCGCAGCUAAGGCACCCGGCGUCAGUGGUGGCGCGGGGGGGUGCUGGCGGUGGCGGCAACAACGGGGAGGAGGAUGUGGCCCUGACCGACAGCGAGCUCCUGAUGCAGUCGGUUCGGCCGCCGCUGGCCCCACACGAUCGCCAGCGCCUGGCCAAGUACUAUGCCGCAGUCAAGGUGCGGCAGUCGGCAGCCGCCGCCGCGGCGGCAGCCACCGGCGCCGGCGCCGGCAACCCCCAAAAUCAUUACAGCAACACCAACAACUACUUCGCAGCUGGCGGCCCCAAGGGCGCACUGCCACAGCCGCACGGCACGGCAGCGGCUGUGGCCGGCGGGGUGCCGGCUGCAGGUGUGUACGGUAUGUACGGCAACCGCCACCAGGGUGCGGUGGUGUACUAGCAAUCUAUCAUGCUGCAAUGGCCGCAAGCCUGAAAUUUGGAAGCAUGUUGUAUCUUACUCGGAGAAUGCAGAGUGAGCAUCGGCACCAUUGUACAAGACACGGGCUCUUUGUGGCGCCGUGCGCGAUGGACACGGAGUCCUACAUGUAGAGGGAUCGGUGCCGGAAGAGGACUAAAGAGACACUUUGAGAGCAACGAUGCCCUGUGAGGAGAACUUGAUAGUCUGCGGCGGAAACAAGAGCGGCGGGAAGGGGUUGUCGGCUCUGCACACAAUUUUGCAGGAUCAGAUUCCGUUAGGUCACGGGUGAUAGAGGAGCAUAUAACGCUGAGAGGCUUGGCGCGUGAUGGUUCUUCCAUUUUGUUCAACUGUUCAGCGCAGUUAAGACGCUGGUGUGUCAUACGUACUACAUCGUGUUCGUUGGUUGCAGGUUGUGGUUGAUGACCAGUUUGGCCGCAUUGAUUGCGGCACUCAAUCUUUGAUUUUGCUGAAGUGAGGAGAGACGGCGGAUGCGUCGAAACUCUGGGUCAACAAAGGGACCAGCCGUCUGGCGUCUGCGAUGCGCGUUUUUUUGUUCCACAUGCUGGGUGGUAAGGGAAGCAUGACGGUCCAAAGGCCUACGGCAGACCACAAUCAGGGAGGCCAGUCUGGGACCAAGGGAGUUGUGCAGCUGUGGGCGCCGCCUGGUUACCUCCUAAUUUUGUUUACCAAGGCCGUGACGGGCCUACGGACAGGAGCCUUCAGCUCCUAACAUUCAUGGGAGCGACCUGAAACGACCAAACCGCGGCCGCCCAUCCGUAUUCUGAUUGCACGCUUGUGCAUAGGUGGACAAGUCUGUGCCCUGGUUGACCGGUCGUGUACGUAUCGCAUCUGUUAGCCUUGAGUCCACGUUGCAUGUAGACUGAGUUGGCCGGGUUGGGUAUUCUUCCCUGAUGCCAUAGCAAUCAUGUGUUAUGUGCUGGGCGCGCGGUUCACCAGCGGACCGAUGAAGCCUGAGACACCACAUAAGUGAUACCCGGUGCAUAAAGAAACUGAUGACAGUACAGGGCCCGAGUCCCCGUGGCAUUAGACACGUGGCCCGCUGCACUGGGGGGACAAGAGCAAGAGGCCUGCGUGCGGGGCGAAGGCGUGAGUGGGCCUGUGGGCUGUGGACGCUCUCAGGGUGCAAGUGCACGGUGAUAGCAGCACCGGAGCGGUGCAGGUCAUGCGUGAUUGCCAGGCUGGCGCUCCCAGUGCUGCACGUGCGUGUAGCCACGACGGCCCCAGCCGCCCUACCCAGCCUACACAUAGUCCAAAGGGCAAACACGGCACAGUCGCACAGACGAAGAGGGCAGGGCUCCGGGGAUCGGCAAGAAGCGGGCCCCAAUGCAGGCCCUUGGGCGAGAAGAUUGGGCAAUUCCGUG